GUCGGCGUGUGACCUCAUUGCAAAUUACGCUGCGUAACGUUCUACGCAGGUUCCUCCCCUGCCGGAGCGCGCACAUUCCUUUUGUCCAAGAUGGCGGCGAAGGUGCAAUCUCUGUGAUGCUGGUUUAUUUUUAAAUUGUUUUUUAUUUUCUGCAGAGUGUGAGUGAAUAUAUUUUACAUCAGUGCAGGUGUUUUGAACCUAGUCGCCGUUUUGCAUAUUACGUUUUAAGGAUAUUACAAUUGGGAGCAGAGUAAACGAGGGUUUUUGGAGGAGGGACAAAAAAAGUUUGAGCAUAAUUAAAUAAUGAAGCGGCAGGGCGAGCGGGACGCCAGUCCUGGGAGAGCUGUGGCCAAAAGAAUAAGAGAGAGAGACCGGGACCGUGAAGCGGGACGAAGGGAAGACGGACCUUCACCUCUUGCAACGCUGGUAUCCGAAAGCAGGAAUUACCACAAGCAUCAGGCCCGCAGCCGGAGCAGGGACCGUGAGAAAUCCAACAGCAGCAGCCGGACUAGAGACGAGCGAGGCGGAGGGGACCCCCACCACAGGCAGCCUCAUCACGACCUCGGCCUUAACAGUCGCCUCCCGCUCCGGACUGGGGGGACCAAGAGCAAAACACCACUGGACAUAAUCAGCGGCGUGAGUAGUAGCAGCAGCAGCGGCGGCACCAGGGGUGGCAGUGUUUUGGAAUACAAGACUUUGCUCAUAAGCAACUUGGGCUCGCAGCUUUCGGACGAACAUGUGGAGGAUGGACUUUUCCACGAGUUUAAAAAGUUCGGGGACGUCAGCGUGAAACUGUCUCACACACCGGAACUUGGAAGAGUGGCCUACGUGAAUUUCAGGCACCCGGAGAACGCUAAGGAGGCCAAGCAUGCCAAAGGCAAGUUAGUUUUGUACGAUCGUCCACUUAAAGUAGAACCUGUGUACCCUAGAAGGCGGAGUUGCACUCCCCCAGAUGUGGGCUAUGUGCCACUUCAUAGCAGCUACCAAUACAGACAGAGAUCCUUGUCGCCAGUGGUUAGUAGUAUUAGAGAGCCCAGGCCAAGGCACUAUGCUGUGGAAGCUAUUGGACUGAGCAGGGAAAGAGAAAGGGCUCUAGAUUACUAUGGGAUGUUUGAUGAACGGGGGCGGUCUUUCACUUACCAAGUGCCAGAAGAGGAUUUGAUGCCUGAGGAUGACCAUAGGGCAACUAGAAACUUGUUUAUUGGCAACCUGGACCAUAAUGUUUCAGAAAGCGAGCUAAGGAGGGCUUUUGAUAAGUAUGGAAUGAUUGAGGAAGUUGUCAUAAAGCGUCCUGCCAGGGGCCAGGGGGGCGCAUAUGCUUUUUUGAAAUUCCAGAACCUGGACAUGGCUCACAGAGCCAAAGUGGCCAUGUCUGGCCGUGUGAUUGGUCGCAACCCUGUAAAAAUCGGCUAUGGCAAAGCCAACCCCACCACCCGCCUUUGGGUCGGGGGGCUUGGCCCAAAUACCUCAUUAGCUGCCCUGGCUCGAGAGUUUGACCGCUUUGGUAGCAUUAGGACCAUUGAUUAUGUGAAAGGAGACAGUUUUGCUUACAUUCAGUACGAGAGCCUUGAUGCAGCACAGGCAGCUUGUGCCCAGAUGCGGGGUUUCCCCCUGGGGGGCCCGGAUAGGAGGCUCCGAGUGGACUUUGCUAAAACAGAGGAGACCCGCAGCUACCCUCAGCAGUAUCAACCCCCAACUCCAUUACCAGUCCACUACGACCUGCUUGUUGAUGGUUAUAGUAGGCACCGUAGCCUAGAACGUGAGCUGAGGACUCGGGACCGAACUCCACCUCACUCUCUGUACUCGGAACGAGAUCGGGAAAGGGGUUUCCCUGAUGGUGACUGGACCAGUCCCUCCAAAAGCCUUGACCGGCGGAACAAUCUGGACAGCUUUGCGGUGCGCAGCCGUAGCAAAGACCGCUGGACAGCGGAGAGAGAAAAUGACAGGUCUAACAAACCCUGGGAUGAGCGUCGCAAACGCAGGAGCCUCUCCAGCGACCGCCCUUUUGAAGACAGGGGACGCCCGAAAAUCCGCGCUUCCUCUCCAGACCGCACCCCAGAGAAAAUCCGCCGGGAUGGCCGGCCCUUUGAGCUUGGGCUUGACCACCGCAUUGCCACUCCUGAUGGCCGACAUUCUGCAGCAGAGGACAAGCCGCACAUAGAUCUGCAUGAGUCCCCACAUGCCCGAAAGAAAGAGGGUGACCGCAACCAUAAGACCAACGAGUGCGAAGAGGCCAAAACUGAUGACAAAGCAGACACCAAAAUGCCAGAAACCUUGUCUGAAUAUGCCCAAACUCUGUCACUGGCUUGGCAAGGCAUCCUAGUGCUUAAAAACAGUUGUUUCCCCACAAACAUGCACGUCUUGGAAGGUAGUUCUGGGAUUGUCAACAUCCUCUUAAAAGACUAUGUGGCUGGCGGCAAGAUCACCCAGCUGAAAAUUGCUCAGCGCCUGCGUCUGGACCAACCCAAGCUGGACGAAGUUACCCGACGAAUUAAGCAAGGCAGCCCAGACGGUUACGCAGUGCUUCUGGCAGUUCAGGCUCUCCAGGAUAAGGAGGCACCCCCCCCAGAACCAGGACUUCAGAGGCGCCUGCUCAGGAAUUUGGUCUCAUACCUCAAGCAGAAGCAGGCAGCUGGGGUGAUCGGCUUACCUCUAGCGGGGGGCAAGGACAGAGACUUCACUGGGAUGCUUUAUGCUUUCCCUCCCUGCGAAUUCUCCCAACAGUACCUCCAGGGAGCCCUCAGGACUUUGGGCAAGCUGGAGGAGGAGCACCUUGUGAUUGUUAUUGUCAGAGACACUACUUAAAUGUGUGCAUUGUAAAAACAAUUGAUCUGCUUGUGUGUUUCAUGAAGAACUGAAGACUUGUAGCUGUAGCUGUCUUUUCUUUUUGGGGGAGGAGAGGUUGUACUGCUGCUAUGUUUUUAACAUAAGAUUUAAAGACAAACUGACUAGAUUUUUAAAUAGUUUUUAACUGUUACAAUGUCUAGUAGCAACUCUAGUAGUCUAGGCAAGUGUUUUUUUUUUUUUCCUCUUACUUUGCAUCAAUUUAAAUAGAGUUACGUUUUUAAAGAAAGCUGUUGGCACAAGAAAUGUAAAGUAAAAAAUGGUCCAUAAUAAGGGUGGUGUUUUUAUUUUGAGGGAGGGGGCUGUUUUAUUAAGGUUAUACCAUGUAUUUUUGAGUAUUAUACUUAUGUAUACAAACACUGUAAGUUUGUCUUUGACAAAGAUUAGGCUGUUUUUUUUCCACUCCGAUUGGAGUACGUAGGGCAAGGCAUCAGAAAACAGAACUGUAAGUGGUAGAAUUGCAAAAAGAGGACAACUCUACAGUUGGGAAGUAUUACUUUGAAAGCUGGAGGUCUUAUUUACACCAAACUGAGUUUGGUCUUUUUGUUAAGGAUCACACGUUUCAUCAUUUCAAAUGACUACACUAAUAUCUUGUUUAUAAGAACUUUGCUAAAACAAACACCCUGUUAGGAUUUGCUCCCUAUGUGCUGCAUCGCAGUUUAAUUUUAGAGACAAUGGACCACAAUCUAUUGAGUUCUUUAUAAAGGGGUUGGCUUGUAUUUAAAAGUUUUAAUGUAAAUGUUGUCUACAGAUAUUAACAGGAAGAGGAUUUUACUGCCUUAUGUGUGCUGGGGCUCAGGCAAAAGGUUCUUCUUAUUUAAGAAGUUGAAACACAUUGAUUUCAGAGUUAUGAUAAUUUGACUCAUUUUCACUACAGCUUUAUUAUAUUUAAGAACUAGCUAAACUAAACAGGCAGAAAAACCUACUCUUGCCAAGUUAAAACGGUUACAGCCCCAAGCAAGCCUUUUUAUGUUCACAUUCAUGCAAGGGAAUAUUCCUAAAUCCCUUGUGUCAUACGACUUGUGCUCUUGUGGUGAAUUUGAAACUAAUUAAUGAUCUUAUACCCAAUUGUUUUGUUCAUUCUUUUACACACAUUAUUGGAGUCAUUUUUAUGUGAAAUGUUAGGCCAGUCCUUUUUAAUCACCCCCCCCGUUUAUGUUUUUUAUCUGUGUAUUGUAUGAAAUAGUGUCAGUAAAGUCAUUCCCCGUUUCAUUUAUAA